GAUGAGUUUGAUGUUGGAGAGUGAGAGCUGAAGAUCGGCCGCUCAGCUCCAGCACAGCCCGGGACAUGGCAGCGGGCGGCGGACGGGUGUGCGGGCUGCUGCGGGACAACCUCCUGCGAGUCAGACCCUGGGGGAGCGGCAGGCGAGGCUGCGUGUCCGGAGCGGUGGAGGUGGCCGGGGCCGUGCAGGGUGUGGCCUCGAGCACAGAUAGAAAGAGGUUCCUCCGAGAUCACGCCCUGCCCUUCUCUGCCUUCCUCACGGACGGCUUCGGCCGGCAGCACACUUACCUGAGGAUCUCGCUGACUGAGAAGUGUAACCUGCGCUGUCAGUACUGUAUGCCGGAGGAAGGGGUGAAGCUGACCCUGAAGAGCGAGCUCCUCACCACCCAGGAGAUCCUCACCUUGGCCAAGCUGUUUGUGCAGGAAGGGGUGGACAAAAUCCGCCUGACCGGGGGCGAGCCCCUCAUCCGGCCCGACGUGGUGGACAUCAUAGCACAACUGAGGAGACUGAAAGGGUUAAAGACCAUUGCACUGACGACCAAUGGCAUUAACCUGGCGCGGCUGUUACCCAGGCUGAAGGAGGCCGGAGUGGACGUUCUGAACAUCAGCCUGGACACCCUGGUGCCUUCCAAGUUCGAGUUCAUUGUGCGCAGGAAAGGUUUUCAUAAAGUCAUGGAGGGCAUCCAUCGUGCGCUGGAGCUGGGCUACAAUCCUGUCAAGGUGAACUGUGUGGUCAUGAGAGGGUUAAAUGAAGACGAGCUCUUGGACUUUGUUGCACUCACAGAGAGGCAGCCGCUCGAGGUGCGGUUCAUCGAGUACAUGCCGUUUGAUGGUAAGUCAUCUUACUAUGCGGAAUGAUGGGAGUAGUAGUGG